AUGGACGAAACCUCCUACAGCGACCGCGUUUUAAGACCUGCUUCUGUUGCACCACCUCCUCCUACGGAAGAGAGCUUCAUAUAUAUCAAUCCGCGUCGAAAAUACAAGCGCCGUGGCACUGGUUCCGAUUCCGAACUCAAAAGUGACGGCUCAGAAGAUGGGACUGCCUCCAUGUCGGGAUCAGAAGAACACGAACUCGGAGCGUUAGACUCGGACGCAGAUAUUGACGAUGAUGAAGAGACGGGCUUCGGUAAACAUGGAAGACGCAAAUAUCUGAAAAGAAAGAGGCGGCAGCAUGGCCUGGAUUCUCGAAUCGCAGGCACCGGCGCUAUCUCUAAAGAUGAGGCCAGAGAAGCAGACAAGAAUGUCAUGCGCAAUCUUUUGAUCAAUGCCGCACUCAUCGGCCUGUGGUAUUUCUUUUCUCUGGCAAUAUCCAUUUACAACAAGAUGAUGUUCUCGUCUGACCACCUUGACUUCCAUUUCCCACUGUUCGCUACGUCUCUCCACAUGCUAGUCCAGUUUGGUCUGGCAUCCAUCAUUCUUCUAAUGUUCCCUUCGUUACGACCGUCCCAACCUCAACCUCCAACACAUCGAAACGAAUCACGCCCUCCGAGACCGCUCGUUACACCGUUAUUCUAUUUUACUCGUCUGGUCCCCACCGGAACGACAACGUCACUCGAUAUUGGACUGGGCAAUACCUCUCUUCGCUUUAUAACAUUAACCUUCUACACAAUGUGUAAAUCUUCCGUCCUCAUUUUCGUCUUAAUGUUCGCUUUCCUUUUUCGACUGGAGAAGCCAUCAGUCAAACUCAUUGUCAUUAUCCUGACCAUGACGAUUGGCGUUUUGAUGAUGGUUGCAGGCGAAACAGCCUUCCAUGCUCUCGGUUUUGCUCUGGCAAUGUCUGCAUCCUUCUUCUCGGGCUUUCGAUGGGCAUUGACUCAAAUCCUUCUCCUCCGACACCCAGCAACUUCGAAUCCCUUCGCCACGCUCUUCUUCCUAGCGCCAAUAAUGUUCGUCACGCUAUUCGUCAUCGCAUGUUUUUCAGAAACCCCAUCAGCCGUCAUGGCAGGGCUUCACCUCCUGAUCAGCGAGUACGGAGUCUUCAAAUCAGCAUUAUUGCUUUUUGCCCCGGGAUGCCUGGCAUUUUGCAUGAUUGCUAGUGAAUUCACCUUGCUUCAGCGAACGAGCGUCGUCACUCUUAGCAUCUGCGGCAUUUUCAAAGAAGUUGUCACUAUCAGUGCGGCCGGAAUCGUCUUCCACGAUGAACUCUCUGUGGUCAAUGUUAGUGGUUUGAUUAUCACGAUCCUCAGCAUUGCCAGCUACAACUACUUGAAAGUGGUCAAGAUGAGAGAAGAAGCACGCGAGAAACUGAGAAAACGAGAUGAAGAGCAGUAUGAGGAGAUGGAAUAUGAUGGGGACGACAACCAAAACACUGCUGCUAUAGAUGAGGUGGAAGGGAUGAAUGCGGCCUCAGUUCCGUUAAUGCAUGACCAAGAAGCAAGGUCAAAUGGUAGAAUUGGCAUUGGAUCGGGGUCGGGGACGGGAUCGAGCUCGGUUCCACAAGCGGAUGGCGUCCUGGGACCUUCUGCAAAGACAAAGGAAGACAGGGAGUGA